CUCUCAGUUUCAGAUAAACCUCCAAAACCCAAAACAGCCCAGCUGCUCUCUCUUCAGCAGCUAAAACAAAGACGACAACACUCUGUUUCCUCUUCGAAAAACCUCAAAAAUUUCUCAUGUCGUAACAUACCGAAACCAAAUAUGAACCUUACACUUCCUCACAAACAAAACCCACUUCUCCACUCUCCAAUUCUUCUAACCCAAACAGCUCAAAACCCCCCAAUUCUCUUUCAAUUACCCACAAAUCAAAGACCCCGAAUUUCGCGCAAAAAACCCAUCUUUAGAAUCUAUUCCUCUGCCAAUGCAAAUGGGUCUGACGGGUUUUCUUGGCCGAUUCUCACUCGCUCUGUUCGCCUGGGGACGGAGCGGUUUUUGUUGAAACUCGGUGAGUCCGUCAAGAAGGAAACUGGGUUUGAUGUAGAAGGGGGUAAUGUGAAGGUUGGUGAGUUUGUGGAGCGCAUUAAGGGUGAUAUCAAGAAAGGUGACGCUGCAUUGACUCGGUUCAGGACUGAAUUGUUAACUGAUUUUGUGGAUUGGAAUAGAUGGGAGCGUUGGAAGGACUUAAAGAAUUGGGAGCCUAAACGAGUUGGUGCUUUGUUGCUCUAUAUUUUUGCUGUGAUGUUUUCUUGUCAAAGAAUAUAUGUUGCCAUUCGAGCUCCUUUUCUAGACCAAGAAAGAAGAGAGUUAACAGAAGCUUAUAUGGAGGCUUUGAUUCCUGAACCAUCUCCUAUUAAUAUUAGAAAGUUUAAAAAGGGUAUGUGGAGAAAUACAACACCAAAAGGUCUGAAAAUGAAGAAGUUCAUUGAAGGACCUGAUGGAACAUUGAUUCAGGACACUUCCUAUGUUGGAGAAGACGCAUGGGAAGAUGAUCAGGAACCUCCUCAGGAAAAUAUGAAACAAAUCAUUGACAAAGAUGUGAGAUUAAAUGCAGAACUAAAGAAAAACUUGAAAGAAGACUUGGGCAUUUUAGGCGAAGUUCAGGAAAGUAAAGGAACGUGGCGUGAGAGGCUUCAUAUAUGGAAGGAGGUUCUCAAAAAGGAGAAAUUUGCUGAGCAAUUAGAUUCCUCAAAUGCCAAAUAUGUGGUUGAGUUUGACAUGAAAGAAGUUGAAAACAGCCUUCGCAAGGAUGUGGUGGAAAAGGUUACAGACACACAAGGAGCCAGGGCUUUAUGGAUAUCUAAGAGAUGGUGGCGCUACCGUCCCAAACUUCCAUACACUUAUUUUCUUCAGAAGCUUGAUUCCUCCGAGGUUGCUGCUGUUGUCUUCACAGAGGACCUGAAAAGACUUUAUGUAACUAUGAAAGAAGGCUUUCCACUAGAAUAUGUUGUGGAUAUUCCCCUCGAUCCAUACUUGUUUGAGGUUAUCUCAGGUUCUGGCGUAGAAGUAGAUCUCCUUCAGAAAAGGCAGAUACAUUACUUUCUGAAAGUUCUGAUUGCAUUGGUGCCUGGAUUACUGAUCCUGUGGCUCAUAAGGGAGGCCGCUAUGCUAUUACAUAUCACUUCUAAGCGUUUUCUUUACAAAAAGUACAAUCAACUUUUUGAUAUGGCAUAUGCGGAAAAUUUUAUCCUGCCAGUUGGAGAUGUUGGUGAAACCAAAACAAUGUAUAAAGAAGUGGUACUUGGGGGCGAUGUCUGGGACCUUCUUGAUGAGAUAAUGAUCUACAUGGGCAAUCCCAUGCAAUACUAUGAAAGAGGGGUGAAGUUUGUUCGGGGUGUCCUUCUCUCGGGUCCUCCUGGAACAGGAAAGACACUUUUUGCACGGACACUUGCCAAGGAAAGUGGAUUGCCUUUUGUUUUUGCUUCUGGUGCAGAGUUUACAGAUAGUGAGAAAAGUGGAGCUGCAAGGAUCAAUGAGAUGUUUUCUAUUGCUAGGAGAAAUGCUCCUUGUUUUGUGUUUGUGGAUGAAAUUGAUGCCAUUGCUGGAAGGCAUGCUAGGAAGGAUCCACGAAGAAGGGCAACAUUCGAGGCUCUGAUUGCGCAGCUUGAUGGGGAGAAGGAAAAAACUGGCGUAGAUCGGUUUUCUCUUAGACAGGCUGUGAUAUUCAUUUGUGCUACCAAUAGGCCAGAUGAAUUGGACCUGGAGUUUGUUCGCCCUGGACGUAUUGACAGACGUUUGUACAUUGGAUUGCCCGAUGCGAAGCAAAGAGUACAAAUUUUUGGUGUUCAUAGUAUAGGAAAGCAACUUGCGGAAGAUGUGGACUUUGGGAAGCUUGUGUUCCGUACUGUUGGCUUCUCGGGAGCAGAUAUUCGGAACCUGGUCAAUGAAGCUGCAAUUAUGUCUGUAAGGAAAGGGCAUUCCAAGGUCUACCAGCAAGACCUCGUUGAUGUGUUAGAUAAACAAUUGCUUGAGGGCAUGGGUGUACUUCUUACAGAGGAAGAACAGCAGAAAUGUGAACAAAAUGUUUCAUUUGAAAAGAAGAACCUGCUGGCUGUACAUGAAGCUGGUCAUAUAGUGUUAGCUCACUUGUUUCCUCGCUUUGAUUGGCAUGCAUUUUCUCAGCUCCUUCCUGGAGGCAAGGAAACUGCAAUAUCUGUUUUCUACCCACGAGAAGAUAUGAUUGACCAAGGAUAUACAACCUUUGGCUACAUGAAGAUGCAAAUGGUGGUAGCUCAUGGUGGACGUUGUGCUGAAUGCCUUGUGUAUGGUGAGGAUAUUACCGAUGGAGGAAGUGAUGAUCUUGAAAAGAUAACAAAGAUUGCUAGAGAGAUGGCAAUCAGCCCUCAAAAUGCAAAGCUGGGCCUCACUGCUUUAACAAGAAGAGUUGGACUCAUGGAUAGACCAGAUAAUCCAGAUGGCGAGCUGAUAAAAUACAGGUGGGAUGAUCCUCAUGUGAUUCCUGCCAAUAUGACACUUGAAGUAUCUGAGCUAUUUACUAGAGAAAUGACAAGGUAUGUUGAAGAGACUGAAGAACUUGCGAUGGAAGGAUUGAGGAACAACAGGCAUAUACUGGAUGUGAUUACCAAGGAACUAUUGGAGAAGUCAAGGAUAACUGGAUUGGAAGUUGAGGAUCUAAUGAAGGAGCUCUCUCCAACAAUGUUCGAGGAUUUUGUAAAGCCGUUCCAGAUAAACUUAGAUGAGGAGGGACCGUUGCCACACAAUGACAAGUUGCGAUAUCAACCACUGGACAUAUAUCCUGCACCACUCCACCGAUAAUGACACAUUGCAAUACCAGCCUCUGAACACACACACCGGUCCAUUGAUGUCGAAGGUUUAUGGACUUCAGAUGGUAAUCGUAGUCCCUGAAAUUGCAAUUUCUGUCUGCUACUUUGACCAUGGAGUUGAGAAAAGAAGUUUAUUGUUUUGCUGCUAAAAGUCAACAAGCAGCGAUUUUGACACUUUUCUUCUUGAAGCCAAUCUCAGCCCUGUAGCGGACAGGGCGUGUUGGCUAAUUGGUGAGCAGAAGUUUCCAGGCUAGGAAAUUCUUAGGCACAUUCAAUGCGCUGAAGGCCCCGAUGCUUCUCAGUUGGGUUGCUUGGAGUAGUUUUGGCCUCAUCAACAGUUAUUGCUUUGGACAGUGGAUGGGGUUCAGCAACAUGUCGCUGCCAGUUUUGUGUUAUUCAUGCCAAUUUUGCAGACAGUUAUUGCUUGAUGAUAACUUUUGCUCACCAGAAAUGUUUGUUGUAUCGCUUCUGAAGAUUGUCAAUCUGUGUACAGAUUCGAAUGUUCAAAAUCCAUUUUGUACACCAGUUCAAAAGGUGAAGCAAGCAAAAAACAUAGGAAUGGGAAAUGAAAGGGGAAAUGAACGGUGGCGGAAUAUACUUGCGUUGCCAGCAUAUACCAAAGAAGCAAUUUGACAAUAUUAUCAUCUCCUUGCUUGUUUUCUUCAA